AUGUAUCGACGCACCGUGUCACGACAGAUCUGGACCCUCGGUUCGAUCUUGUUGCUCGUUGCUCACGCUGUCUGCCUCGACGUCAGAUUGCUGCAAAACGACUCGUUGACUACGGAUUACAGUGUAAAAUGCGGCCUGUCCAAUCAAGAAGAUCGAAUCGUCGGCGGUCGACCUACGUCCCCGAACAAGUAUCCCUGGGUGGCAAGGCUCGUUUACGAAGGACGAUUUCAUUGCGGGGCGAGUCUCGUUAACAAUGAUUACGUUCUUACCGCUGCCCACUGUGUGCGUAGAUUGAAGCGUUCAAAAAUCCGUGUAGUGCUUGGUGAUUACGACCAACACGUGAAUACCGAUGGAAAGGCCGUAAUGAGAGCAGUGAGCGCAGUGAUUCGUCACAGAAACUUUGAUAUGAACUCAUACAAUCAUGACGUUGCACUGUUGAGACUUCGCAAGUCCGUGAAAUUUUCGAAAACGGUUAAGCCCGUAUGCUUACCCCGAACCGGCACUGAUCCAGCCGGGAAAGAGGGGACCGUGGUGGGCUGGGGAAGAACGUCGGAAGGCGGUAUGUUGGCUGGGAAAAUCCACGAAGUACAAGUACCGAUAUUAAGUCUACUGCAGUGUCGUAAGAUGAAAUACCGAGCUAAUCGAAUCACGGAGAACAUGAUCUGUGCUGGCAGAGGCAGUCAGGAUUCUUGCCAGGGUGACAGCGGUGGACCGCUCCUCGUGCAAGAAGGUGACAAACUCGAAAUAGUUGGAAUAGUUUCGUGGGGUGUUGGAUGUGGAAGACAAGGCUACCCUGGAGUGUACACUAGAGUGACAAGGUACCUGAACUGGAUCAACACCAAUAUGAAAGAAGGCUGUAUAUGCACAACUUAA